AUGCUAUCGACGUUCAGUCGGUUAAAAGCAGUCCAAGAUUUAAAUUUUCCCGCCCAAAUAACAGAACCAAACGCGCUUGCACGCCUUCAAAAACGUCCCCUCUACGGGCUGUCAUUUGAGCUCAAGGCGACACGAUUCCUAAUUGGUUGCAGUGUGCGCAAAAAAAUUGAGAAGGAAAUUAUGCGCCUUGAUUGCAGCUUCUACUCCAGCUCAGACGGUGGCUUCGACUGCCACGCUGAUGAUGGUGGCGGUGACGCUGGAGUUUCAGUCGUUGUUGUUAUUGUUGUUGUUGAUAAUGAUGGUGAUAAUAGCAAUUGCGGGAAUGACUGUAGCGACGAUGGCGAUGGUGUUGAUGAUGAUGAUAGCUUAGGGUUAGGCGAGGUAACCAAUCGAUAG